AUGAUGGACAAAACCCUUUUCAUCUCAUUCUUGUCAGUUUGCUUCCUUAAAUGUUUGCUUUGUAGCACAAUACAAAUUUAUGAAUUUAACAAAAGGGAGUUGCUAAAAUUUUAUGAAGGGUCCACAGGGAAUGGCUUAGGUUUAUACAAAAAUACGCUGGACGCGGAAGACGUAUUUCACAAUUUGAAGGUACUGUCCAUAUGCAAUAAUAAUAGAAAUAAUUUUGUUAAGUACAUUUCCAACUUGGUUUGUAAAAAUAUUUUCUUGUCCUCUCAUGUAAGAAUAAAAAAUGUGGAUGUCCUCUAUGGGGACAUGGUUCACUCGAAGGGGUCCACACACGUGAAGGAAAUAAUCUUCGUCUGUAAUUAUUAUAUAUAUGACAAUUCAUACGAAAUUAUAAAAUGCAAUGAUGAUAAGGAUGCUCUACAUCCUCUGUACGUAGGGUUCGACAUAGAAAGGAAGAGAAGUGAUGAAAAAAAAGGACCAAGCCAUCAUGGCGGCUUCAUGCAGUCAAACCAUUUAAUAACUUCCAAAAAGACGCUUUCUGUGGGUGGUGCGGAAGAAGCUGAUUCAUCCACGAAGAAGAAUAGCAAUGGGGUUAUAACCUCCAGUGUGGACACCCGCUAUGAGGACUAUUUAUGCAAAAUAAAACUCAAUGUCCAUUCUUACUUAACCGAGGCAGAAAAGGUUAUGUUAAAAAUUUUAAUCGGUUUGUGCAUCAAAUUGGGAUACAAAAGGCAAAUCUUGUUCACAGAAAAUAUGUACUCCUUGGUUAAAUAUUACGAACGUAACCAAUUGAAGGAUACCCUUUUCAGUCUCCAGUUCGAUGUACAUUAUAGCAAAUUUUAUUCUCCUAAUGACGUGUAUACUAUAGAGAGUGAAAAUUCCUUUAUUAAUGAUGAGAGAAGGAUGGGAAAAGAAAAGGGCAUACCCACAAUGCACUUCAAAUUUUUUGCUAACAAAUCGUAUUUGCUCUGGAGAGGGAUAGAACAGAAAAAAGAACUUUUUAAUUAUAAAUUGCGUGAGCUGGCAAGCUUGCUAAAUGGGAUCAACUACAAAGAAAGGAUUAAAGCAUGUUACAUGAACGAGUUGUAUAUGCAAUACGAGGAGGAUGAACUGUAUUUGAGGAAGAGCUUGUCUAGCAUGUUAACCAAGCAGUCGGCUGAAAAAACGAAGCAUCAAAACCAUUUGAGGAUUGAGGACAAGAACAAAUCGCAAAAUUAUAUUUUAGUGGAAGCACUCGAACAUUUCUGCGGAGAGGACGUCGCAUCUUUUGAAGACUGCGUCAGCAACGUGAUGUCAUCCUCAACGCUGGAUGAGAAGGGGAAAAGCAUUAUGCACCAUUUCUUAUAUAGCAACUUUUUAUGCGUUGAAAAAUGCCCCCCAAGUGAAGAACAAAUAAACGUAUUUGGACAAGAUGUGGUGAGAAAAAAAUUACAGCAAUAUAUCAGUCAGAGCAGCUCCUUACCAUUUAGGAGGAACACUUUUUCAGAAAAGAUAAAAGACAAAAUUAAGAAGAAAAAAAUACCUAGUAAUGUUUUGCUCCCUCGGGAUGAAAACAUACAACGGGAGUUCUUCGAAAAUGUUAUGUUCUCCAUCGAUUUUGACUCCAUAAAAUUGUUACUUAAGGAUGAAUUAGACAAACUGAAUGUGAAGGAUAACGUGGAACAAAGAAUUUGCAGUAUUGGAAAAUACGUAAGGGAUCAUGAAAAGCUCUACAUAAGGGACUACCAAAGGGGGAAGAGUAGAGUACUGUACGAGUUUGGUAUAUUAAGGGGUUCCUUUUGGAAUUUCCUCAAGGGUGCUCGAAGGUGGGAUUGGGGGAAGCAGGCGGAAAACGGUGGAGACUUGCAUUUUGCGAUACAAAACUCGCAUGCAGGUGUUGCCAAUACGGGGGUGCCAACAUGUACUUCCAAAAAUGGUGAUAAGAACCAUGGGGUGGGAGAUCCACGGGCGAACGGGAUGGAUACAGGAAAAGACACAGACAUCACUUCACCUCCGUUCAUCGUCGAGACAAAUGGAAAAAAAAUCCACGUACUGCAAAGCGAGUACGAGUAUGACGUUUUGCGGGACGUUUACCAAACUGAUCAGGCGAAUCGGAGAAGUGGUGAGCAGGACAGUCACUUCUCUACGCACAGCGCAGUCAGAAGAAACUCAUUUUUAAACCUUUUUCAUAAUAGGGAGGGUCACUAUAAAUUUGUUAUCAAAAAUGUUCCCAUCAAAAUGAGCGAACCUUUGCAGAAAAGUGGGAACCAUCGGGGCGGUGGCAACGAACUGGAGACAGACCCAUUGCCCCUCUCAUACAGGAACUUGCGAUUUGCAUGCAGCCUAGAAGGGACGUGGUCAUAUGCCAGGGGAGACGUGGCCUUUUUUAAAAACGGAGGCGUCCACUGCGAAGCGGAAUUUCAAAACGAGUUAUCAGUGAGUACAACCCCCCGAAAUGGGAAGCGAUCACAUGGGCACACAUCAAGGGGGGUACUAAUAAAAAGUAGCGACGUGAGGAGCAAAAUGGUGGAGAGCAAUUCUUUUGAUAAAAGGGAUGAACCCAUGAAGAGUGAAAAAAAAAAGAAGGCUCCAUUUUUACAUCCAGAAAGUGUGUUACACGAAAAGAAAGAAAUGUCUUUUGCUGAAAAUUUAGGUGUCAAGAGUGAAGUUGUCGAUUUUGUCCUUUUCCGUGAUGUGUGUACAGUUAGGUACUUGGGGAAAGGAGCACAUCCCGUUAAUUUCCCUUUCUUGGGGAAUGAUCUUCUGGAGAUGAUAUUUGGCUAUUGUAUUUUACAUGGGUUUACACAAAUCAGAGUAAAAAGUGAUUCCUUAAAUUACGAAACUGGUAUAAGGACAUCAUUUAUUGAAAUAUUACUUCAUGGGAAAACAUCAGUCGAACAUUUAGGGUUAAGACUUACAAAUGUAGCGAAAAUUUCUAAAGACUUAUAUUAUGUCAUCACUGGGUAUACAUGGGAAAGUGAUUUGGUACUAUCACCGAUGGUAAGGUUUGAAAAUAAUUUAUACAUAAAUCAUGACAUAGAGAAGCAAUUUUUCCGUUACGUGAACAAAGCGUGUAGAAAUAUGCUACACAACUUAUCUUUCACUUGUGAAGAAAAUUAUUAUCCUUAUAAAAAUUGUUAUGACAUUUAUCCAUCAGUGCGAAGGAAUCAGAAUAAUCUUUGUCACUUUGAACUUAAUCCCAUAUACAAAGAAUUAAAGGAGCUUGUUCCCGACUCUUGUAAUAUUGGCCAACGUAUUAGAAAAUGCUAUGAGGAGAUACAAAAGCAUAUUCCUUGCACACAUAACGGUGAAGGAGAAGAAGACGGAUGCAAGUACUACAACUUUAUUGUAAAUACAUUCAUAAGGCCCAGGAGGAAAACGUCCUUUUUUAUUUAUCACAAUAUGUAUGUGCAGGAAUAUCUAACAAAGAAAUCUUACCCCUAUUACUUGCUGCUCAGUGAGGUCAUAAAAAAUGAAGAACAUAACUUACUUGAAAAAGGCAACUAUGAUUUAGUAGCCGAUGCACAGACGCACCUCUUCUUAAAUCACGUUUUGCAAAAUUCUACAUUUUUUACGUUUUGGAAUUUCUCCACUGAAUUUUGGAAAAGGUUUCGGUACAUCCAGGCUAAACCAACCGCGGCUACCUCCACAUCACAGAAAGGGCAAACCGUAUUUUGCCCGAUGGCCUAUGCGUACGAAUUUGUGGAGCACCUCGACGUGUUUUAUGUGAGGGAGUAG